UUCAGCAUUUGGGGAAAUUUAAGCAUCAUGGCUUAUAAAAUUAAAAGGGACAUGAGGUUAGACCAUGGCUGGUCAUGGAUUGUACUUUUUUCGGCAUUCCUGAUAAUGGUGCUCUCGCAGGGUCUAUCACUGAGCUUGACAGUAUAUUUGGAAGAGUUAAAAUUGGAAUUUGAUGUUGGAUCACGGGAAGCUGGAAUGUUUGCCGGUACUUGCCUGGCGUUCACAACACUUACAAGUCCAGUAGCGAGCUAUGUUUGCAAUAAGAUUGGUUUCCGAGCCACCUUCAUAUUAAGUGGCUUAAUCACAGCACUUUCAGUUAUUUUAAGCUCAGUAACUACCAGCUUUGUUCAGAUGUUUUGCUCUACGACGCUGACAGGAAUCGGUUUAAGUUUUGCUUAUACGCCAUGUUCAGUAAUUAUGGGGUUUUAUUUCCAUAAACGAUAUGUGUUAGCCAAUGGCUUUGUUUUUGCUGGUGUAUAUGCAGGCAUUUUCGCUUUUCCUGUCUUGUUCGAAUAUCUGAAAUCGAUGUAUACAUGGAGAGUUUGUUAUAGAUUAAUUGGUGCUAUAAGUUUACAUAUAUGCGUAGCCGGAACGCUCGUCAUGCCUAUAAGAAGACGUGUCCAACAGACAACCACGGUUGUUAAGGAAAGGGAGAACGGCGAUCAACAGACCACAAGUCGUAGAUCAUCAGUCAAAUAUAAACUGGUGGGCGGAAAAACAAUUGUUUGCUCAAAUGAUCCUCUAUUUGAAGUUAGUAUACCACAUCGUCAAACAGGUGAACAUGAAAAAAUUGUUGCCAAAGAAAAUUUUGAGAAGACACUGCUGUUCGUAGAAACGAGUAUUUGCCCAGAAGAUCAUCCAGAUGAUGUCAGUGUGGUACGACACGAUAAUGAAUCUUUUUAUAAAAACGUUGCCAAAUAUGAUGUAAAGAGAACAGACUUGUUCAUAGAAUCACAUACAUGCUCAGAAGAUCCUCCAAAUGAAGCCAUUAUAGCAAAUGUUGCCAUAAAAAAUGUUGAAGGGAGAGACGGCCCUCCAGAUGAAGUUUGUAUGGCACAUCAACCUGCCGAUGAAUGCUAUGAAAUUAUAGCAAAUGUUGACAAAGUAGAUGUUGGGAGGACAAGUAUGUUUGUAAAAACGGGUAUUUGCAUACAAGAUCCUCCAGAUAAAGUUAGUAUGGCACAUCUACCUGUCGAUGAAUGCUACGAAAAAGAUGUUGCCAAAAAAGAUGUUGGGAGGUUAGAAAUGUUAGUAAAAACGGUUAAUUCCUCAGAGAACUCUCCAGAUCAAUUUAGUGUAGAACAUCAACCAUCCGAUGAUUUUUUUGACCAAGAUAUUUCUAAAGAGAGGACAGACGUGUUUGUAUGCAAAUCAGUAUCAUGUUGGACUCGAUUAUCUAAAAUCACCGAAGUAUUUGAGCUCCGACUAUUUCUCAGUAUCGAUUUUGUUAUCAUGUUUAUAAUCAUGUACGUUUUUUCAGUAGGAUAUAUGGGGACAAUUGUUCACUUUGUAGCAAGGUCAGGGUGGGUUGGCUUCACGUCUACACAGUCUGGGUUUCUAUUGUCCUUAAUGGGUAUCGGAGGUGUAUUUUCACGGAUCACCCACGGAGUCUUCGUCGACAAAAUGCUUAUGAAAGCAACUCAUAUGUAUUUUUUAAGUUUGUUGUCGUCCGGAAUAUUUGUGCUUUCUUUGACAUUUGUGUCAUCAUACAUGUGGAAUCAAGUUAUUUCGAUUUUCAUUGGAAUAUCGUCAGGAACUCUAGCACCGCUAACUCCAGUGAUCAUGAAAAACAUAGUUGGAUUGGAACGAUUCAACAGUGCUUUCGGAUUGUCUCUGGUAGCUUAUGGUCUUGCUGAUUUUACCGGUAGCCUGUUUACGAGUUGGAUUUACGACUUGACCGAAAAUUACGACAAAGCUUUCUACAUGACCAGUGCCUGCCUGCUGUCAGCCUCAUUCCUGAUGAUUAUUGCAAUGAAGAAACAGUAAUGAUAAUGAUAAUGAUAAUAAUAACUAUAAAAAUAAUAAUUGAUAAUAAUAAUAAUAUUAAUAAUAAUAAUGAAUAAAAUUAAUGAAUUCACAAGUGAAAAUUCUUCUGUGCCGCCGUGCCUUAACGGAAUGAACUAUGAUUGAAAAGCAAUAGCAAUAAUAACUAAAACUCCUUGAUAAUUCAACUAAUAAUUAUAGGCCCUAUACGUAGAAAGCUGUAAAGUAUGAAUUGUUACAUUCUAACAGUCUAAUUCUUGUAAUUCUUGUCCAAGUAUUUGUGUGGAUCUAUCUAGAGUACGGUAUUGUAAUAAUUACCAAACAGUAAAACCUGUGCUUUAGUUACUACAGUAAUGUUUUGAUGUGAAUAAAUAUACCAGAAUAUACUAUAUCAGAUUUGAAUUUUCAGUUAAAAUCAUAUAUGGAUAUAAAAUUGAAGGUCCCACAUAAUGACA